AUGGAUAAACAUCUGAAUGCUGAAGCUGUGCUGUCGAAGCAGGACGAAAGCCGUUUUCUUUACAAUUUCGUAAAAUUUGGUGUUACUGAUUAUCUGGUCAAGCCAUUAUGCAUUGAUGAGAUAUUAAACUUGUGGAUCCACUCUUGGAGGCAGAGGAAGCCUCCUAAGGGGCUCGAGCCGCCAACGGAAGAGCAUUAG